AAAACAAACAGCCGUGAAACACAGGCUGGCUCUUGUUCUGCAACUCUUUUUAGCGCCUCAGUGUGCUGAUAACGAAACAGCGCCUCCACUGUGGCGUAAUGUCGCAACUGCAGUUACAAAUAACAGUCUGUUAAAUGCACACAGGAUUUCUUGUGAAGACUCACAACAUAAUUUUGGCGAGAGCCUGAGGCGGCACGACAUUUGACAGAGGCGGCCGCCUCCAAUUUCUCUAUGCAGGAAAAACCCUGCAUAAGACCUGUUGUCCUAAACGUUCAAAGACGGUGUGUCGACUAAUACAUUCAGAAUGUAUCAAACUUCAGCAUGAACUGACAAUUAAAAAAGAAAGAUCCUAAACAAUUGACUUCAAAUCAAACAAACAAACUGUUGCUGUUUAAACGUGCAGCUGCAGCUUUGGUACAUCAGAAGAGAAUCACUUCAGCUAUGUGUAGAAUGAUUCAAAGACAUCCAAGACUUUCUCCCACAUUCUCUCUCUCCCACUCACCCGACCCUUCAUGCCCUCCCUCCUAUUUUAUCCUCUCCCAUCUGGUCUCAAUUUAACCAAAAUCCCCCUCGUUCUCUCGCCCUUUUCACUCCGUUCAGCUUUACUAGAUACAGAUGUGAGCAGUUUAUUAGAGUUAAACAACCGGAAAUUCCUUCAAUCUUUGGGGGCCCAGAACUGAAGAAAAAGCAGUGCACAGAACGCAAGCACAUUGUGUGAAUUCAAGUUUUACAUUUUAUGGGUUGCUGAGGGUUCUGGAGGAUUGUUAUGUGGUUGCAAAUCCUCAAAUCUCUGAUAUUCUGCUCUCUAGACAUGACCCGCGUCCCUCUUUCAACGCACAGUUCACCUCUCGCUCCAUUAAAUACCAACACACAGGGUAAAAGAGAGAGAGGACGGGUGUUGUACUCUGUUCUGUCUGUUUUCCUUCCAGGAAACACAUCCUGUAGCUGUGGAGUAACAUGUUUGUCAGAGAGAGAGAGAAAGAGAGAGUUUCUUCUCAUGUACUCCCUGCCGUCCCAUCACAGUUCUUCUGGCCUUUUCAUGGAUAAGUACAAAUGUUCACACUCAGAGAAACUAGUCAGGACGAGUCCCGUAAUUCGAGACAGCACUUCAAAUUGAGCCAGUGGUCGAGAGAGGGAGGGAGAGAGAGAGAGAGAGAAGAAAAAAGAAGAAGCAGAGACCACAUCACCCAGAUCUUUCAGCAUUCCUCAGCGUUCCCAGCAGGGAGACGAGGAGAAAAAAGGAGGCACGGACGUGCUGGACUUCAGAAGAAAGAAAACCAUUUUGGAUAAACUCAGAAGAGCGACGAUUCAAAGAUAUUGUGUGUGUUUAUGUGAUGGCCUUGGAGGUCUGCGGUCCAGCCUUACGAGCAGCUGUGGCCCCGGAUUCAGAGGAGGAGGGCUAAAGACACCCGUCGUCCCGAAACCCCAUCAAAGCACGAGAAUGAGCGGUGAUGUCCUCUAGCUAACUUCUCACAGUGCGAGUGUGCGUUUCAGGCGAGGGGGAGACGGCCGCAGCGGGUUAAGGGGGGCGUAUGGCCGUGCGCAGGUUGGUGGUGGUGGCUGCAGCGGUGGCACUGCUUUCUCUGGUUCUCAAUAACGUGGCUACGUUCAGCUCCAGCUGGGUGCUUCAGGUUCUGAAGGAUGGACACAGACGGAGCGUCGGACUCUGGAGAAUGUGUCCGCAGGAUGAUACGCACGCUCACGGGCCGACGGCCUGCAAGUGGCUGAACUGGGGAUCGGACACAGCGGGGUACCAGGAGUCCCACAGCACUGUCAAACUUCAGUUUGACAUGAUGCGGGCGUGAAACCUGAUGGCCACGGUGGCUCUGACAGUGGGUCAGCUGAUCUUCCUGUUUGGGUUACUGGAGAUAAGCUACAUUACCCAGGACUCUCAGUGGUGGGAGGAGGCCAUCGCUGCCCUGUUCCAGUUAGCCAGUUUCGUGCUGGUAAUAGGUCUUGUGACGUUCUACAGGAUCGGUCCCUACACUCACCUCUCAUACUCCUGCUAUAUAAAUAUCGCUGCAUGCUUGUUCGCCACGCUAGCGGCUGCCAUGCUAAUCUGGAAUAUUCUGCAUCGCCGUGACGACUGUCUGUCACCGCCCAUCAUUGUCAUCAGCCGAUCCUUGACCACACCCUUCAGGCCACGACUAGACAAUGACUAUGUAGAGUCGCCUUGCUGACAUGCGCUUGAGACAUAUGGAGACAUACGGGCAAUAUAAAAUCACGAGGAUUCUUCAUUUUUAUGUGAACCUCCUGGAACUUCACAGUUUAGGACAAGAGCAGUGAUGGUAACUGGGAAAUGUGACGGAUAAUGUUUUUGGACCGAAUGGAAUACUUCUGAAACUCUUGAAGUGGGAUGACAGAGAUCAAGCUGGAUCUUGACAGUUUAUAUUCAUAAAAAGGAAAAGCACAUAUGUAUGCACAUGUAUCUAUUAUAGUUCUACAAAAUGUAAAAGCAAAACCGAUUUCAAGAGGUGUCUACACGUGGCAUGGAAUGUCACAGAUUUCUUACUGAAUUGUAUAAAAUCCUUUCAAGUCCCACACAGAAUCUACAAAGUUUCCACAAUAACAUUCGGGGGAAAUCUCUGAAACAGAUUUAAGGUGCCUUUACACAACAACAAAGCACUAAAAACAGAACCUUUUUUAAAACUUUUGCAUACAGAAAACGUUGUCAAACUGAUCCCAGUUCACUGGAUGCAAAAGAAUAAAAACGCUGUAUUAUGGAUGCCAGGCUAGUAGUUGGCAAUGUCACUUUGUAAAGAAACACUACCAAACUGCACACAUACGCUUUUUUAUUAUACAUCAAAUAUUACAAUACAUUAUUAAAAAUAUAAGCAUGUAUGUAUUCUUCUACAAAGCAGUGAACUACAAACACAUAAUAUUUAUGUGCAUGACAUCACCAUUUCCACAAAUGAAAUUUUCCUAGUUUAGACCGAGACGAAAACGUUGUGUAAAUGAAUGGCCAAAACACAAAGACUGUUCUGUUUUUAGUUUUAAAAAAUGUUGUUGUGUAAACGUCCUUUAAAUGGGAUAAAAACCGUUAACCUACAAUACAAAACAAACAAACAAUUCUUCAAAAAAAGAUUUUUCCUCAUGAAAGUGAAGACUUUAGGGUUUUUGCAUUGUGGCAUUCAUGACAAUAAAGCACAUUUUUCACUUUUUUUACAACUAUUUUUGUAAUUCAUAUUCUCAUUCAUUCUCAUUUUAUUGUGUACUAUAAAUAUUAUAAUACAAUAAAACCAUACUAUGCAAAUACUACAAUAUUUCAAAAUCUGCACACAUAAAAGUUUCACAAUGCCAAAAAUCUUAAUUGUCCUAAAAAUAGGCUUCAUUUUUUUUGUAAUUGUUUUAAAUUUACAUGUUUCAAGAGAUAAUAUGGUCAUGCAAACAUUUUAGCCAAAAUGUUAAAUUACAGAUAUACAAGAGAAUGGAAAUUUUGUGAAAAGCAGUUGAUAGAAUUGCAUAGAUUCUGUGCCGCCUUAAACAUCUGGUCCCAAAAUCUGAUUUUUUUUGGCUGUUUGCUCAACUGAGAUUAUUACAAUUCGACAUUAUAAUCUGUGACCUGUCAACCCUGACCCGUAAUUUAAAACUAUGAUCAAUUUCAGAUCGAUCAUGUCUUCCUGAUGCUUUUUUAUCAAUGUUGGAACUAUGUAAGUUAAUUUCUAGACACAGAAUUUGCUAACCUAUGCCUGUGGUACCCAUAUACUGUAUAUAUACGUUUAUAAUACAGAGCUAUAUUAAGUAUGUUAUUAAAAUCACAUUUCACUCUUAGCAGGGCUGAUAUAAGAAUAAUAUUAAUGUAAUAAAGACAUAAAGCCAUAUGACGUGUGUAUGCGUGUGUGAGAUCCCAGCAGAGUCAAGGACGCUCUGAAUGAAGGGAAAUGAAUGGAGACAGACACACACAUUCCGUGACCCUGUCAUUCCAGCACUGACACUUUAAGACGAUAACACAAGACUGAAUUCGGUACAUAAAUCAUGUGCAUUACUCACUCUCAUGUUGUAUGUUUCUUUCUUCUGCUGAACACAAGAGACAACCAGAAAGAUGUCUUACCGUGUUCUUUUACAUACAAUGAAAGCUUUUUUGACAGAACUAUCCCUUUAAAUCUUAUUUACUUCCUUGCACUUGCACUAACCACGUACCACAACAAACCAAUAUUAUUGGAAAUUUAUGCUAUCAAUUGAUGCGAAUAGAAAGCGCACAUUACACAUUUGCCUAACCUGAAAAUACAUGACUUUAAACCAGAUCUUGUGGUGCUUUUGGUAAGUUUUGACAGCCGCUGUCCUUCUUCAUCUAAACUUCUAUUCUUCACAUAGGAAAGUUAAACGUGUUUGGAACAACAAGAGACUCUAAACCCCAAUUCACACAGAUCACUGAUCCCAGAAAAUUGCCAUAAAAUUACCUAUUAACAUUAACGGGAUCAGUCCCGGAAAGCGCCCUGUGUGAACAAAAGGCAGAAACAAUGCCGUAAAAGUCGUGUAGUGAUGACACACAUCUAUAAUAAAUUGUAAAUAAUUUGGCUGUGAAAACAAAUAUAGUUAAAGGCGGGAUGUCUGAUACAUCUUCUUUUCCAGGAUCUCUGUGUGAAAAGGGCUAAAGUCUGAAUGAUUCCUUUAAAGGUCAUGCUUGACAGGCCCCACAGAAACCCCGGUGUGACCCAGCAGAGUUCUGUGGUAAAGAUAGGCAUCAAUAGAUCACUCAGCUCAAGUCUUUUCCUCUCUUCUGCGUUUCAUCUGUUCCAAAAAUGAACUCGAACAAUACCCGAGGAAUAUACAGUACACACACCCCUCUGCAGUCAUGGAAAUCUGUGUCUCUUACAUUCAUAAACACACAUCUUCAUAUAAACAUCAAAAACCUUAAAAGCAAGCAAAGUACAAUUACAAUUCCCAUUAUAAACAACAAACGCACACACACCCUUCCCAAAGCCAUUUCUGUAUAUUUCAUUCAAACAGAGUGUGAGUGUGUGUAUCCUCUCUGGAAAUAAGACAGGGAAAUGUAGCUCGAGGCAUCAAGCUAUCCAUUACCAAAUCUAUUGUUGGUAUCAUUGUAGAGAUCAUUUAGGAAACUUGUUCACCUAUUGACUGUAAAUGCCUGGGCACACAAACACACUUCACAUUCACUAAUGUAGUGAGUGUGUGCCAUCUUGCACAUCCAGAUGAACAGCUGAGGUGACUCAGUCACCCAAACACUCUCUAUGGCUGCCAACGAUAUCCUCUACAACCCAUAAUAUCGCACAAACUAAAAUACACAUACUACACUUUCAAAAGAUUUGAAUGAUCUGAUUUUUAUUGCUUCUGACAGAUAUGUUUCUAAUUUGUCAAUUCGCUGAUAAAGAGUACAAUUCAAGUUAAGUGCCUUUAAAGUGACCUCAGGUUAAGAGCUACGAUCAGAUGUUGAAAAACUGGGCAAAAACUCGUAAGGGCCAAAAUUAGUAUUAAAGU